GUCCAGCUAUGUCAACAGUUCUUUGGAGGAGAACUUUAGAUGCGGUCGCCGGUGAACUUCUCUUUGAAGGGCCAGUUCAACCAGAGCUGGAGGAAGAUGAGUCACACCACUUCAAGGAGCCCUUGAACACCGUGACCGAACUUUGGCAUUCAGGUAAGUCAGCUGCGCUCACCACUUCUUUCCUGGGCUAUGAUGAUAGCUUGGAGGAGGUUUCAGAAGGUUGGGAUGGCAGCUUUGAGAACCCCUUCACUGGCAAGAACAUUUUCUACAAGAUCUAUGUCACCGAUCUUGCGAAAGGUGUUGGAGAUUUCAAUAGUUCAUUGAGCGAUUCCAGCACAGACGAAGAAGAUAUGACCAGUGGAGGCCCCAAGUUUUCCAAGGGUAUGACGCUCACGAGGCAAGAGCAAAAGGCCAUAGAGAAAGAGUUGCAGUGCAGCGACAUCAUGAAACAGUCUCCUGACUAUAUCGAAGCCUUCGUGGACGCCGCCCGGAAAGAAGCAACAAGCUUCCAGACAUGGAAGAGCCUGAGGGCGGUGUACCGGGACAAAUCCAAGGGUGUUGCACCUUUGCGUGCAAAGUGUCGCGUGGUCAUACGCGGCAACCAAGACCCAGAUCUUCGCAGCAUCACCGGGAAUGCCCCCACUCCGUCUCGUCUUUCAGAAUUGCUGCUCCUUGCCAUCUACGUUUCAGGUGCUAAUGGAAAAGCUUUCAAGACCCAGACCCUUUGGAAGCUCUGGACCGGGGACGUCUCCACAGCGUUCCUUCAGGGCCAGCAGAACAUGGAAGAACGUGAGGGCAAGAUUUUCACGCGGCCGCCGUCUGACGAGAUCGUCAAGAGAGCUGGCGUUUUUCAGAGUGCCCUGUUUGAGAUCACUGGCAACGUGUAUGGAUUGGCAAAUGCCCCAUAUACGUGGACAGCUGAGGUCGAACGCCGCCUGGUUGCUUUGGGAUUUCGCGUGCGCUUGUUUGAUCGCAUGAUGUUUUAUUGUGUGAAUGCUUCAGGUUUUACUUGUGCUGUUUUGGUAGUUUACGUGGAUGACUUUCUUUUGACGCAUGAUCCCAGCUUCCCCUUUCAGCGGUUCGUAGAGGCCUUCACCUGGGGAUCCCAAGGGUAU